GUUUCUUGACGUUCAGACUUCGACGAAGAAUCGACACAAGCAUCGGUACAUUUCUCACUGUCUAAAAUACAUUUCAGUCAUGGACACAGGUGUCGUGAUGAAGACUUUUGCUCUGAUCAGUGUUUUUCUUCUUCCUGACUUUGCUGUCAGUUCAAGCAGGUAAAUAAAAUCUGCAUUUGUCUGAGAACAAAAGUGAAAGUAAAACAUUGCACUUCCUUUAAAAUGUCUGUUAACGUCAAAACUUAACUUUGUUACAUUACACAUGUAGAUAAACUUUCAAUGACAUUUGUGUUUAUUAAGAACAUAAAGAAUAUUUACUAAAAAGUAAAUAUCGAUGAAUAACUUGGUGUUAAACAUGGCAGAGACCUUUUGUUAUUACCAUCUGAGGUUAAUCGGUCGUGUUUAGAUGGUAACCCUCUCAUGUUCUAAUUUUUGAGCGUUCCUGUUGAUGCUUCCGCCACACGCCUUUCAUCUUAUUAAUGAUAAAGAGCAUUAAAUAUUUUUAGUUGAUGAAUGCAUUUGUGUGUGUAGCACUGUAUCAAGUUCUGUUCUUUUUGUCGUGUUGUUAGUACAACUGGUAAUGUUAAUCCUGUAGCCUAUGUCACAGUUACUGUUAUGGUCUUUACUCUUCCUGUCUUUGUAACCUGUUUCAAAUAGCUUUUUUUUUUUUCUAGAUGAUGAUGAAACUCAUUAUUAAUAUUGUUAUUAUUAUUAAGAGUCCUGCAAUGUUUACACGUACGUGCCCUGCAUUACAAUGGAUUCAAAACAGACCUUUUAAAAUAAUCUUUUACUGUGCAUAAAUAUAACAUUGUAAUCUACGUGUAAUAUAGAGAUUGCUAAUGUGAUGUCAUCGUGACGUAUUACCAGUGGUGAACGCAAAGCAUUUUGGGAAUCCGCGGCACAAACAGAAGGCGCCAGACUUGAUUGCAUGGAGGGAAGAACGCAGUGUUCAAGCUUGGAAAAAUAAUAGUACAAGCCAUGUUUCAGAGGUGACAAAAAGGCGACGAAUGGCAUGGAUAGCAGCAGUAAGGAGGCCCAAGAUUACCUUUGAUAACACUCCACCACACAUGAUGGUGUGUUCAAAGCAUUUUCACAAAGGCUAACCUGCCUAUGAAAUGUUGGAGUGUAAUCCUGACUGGGCCCCUUCUCUGUACCUCGGCCAUACUGAGGUCAAAGCUACGAACACAGACCGGUUCAAGUGGUUUAGGAGAAGAGCGACGAGUUCACAACAACAGCAACCCCCAUCGCUAGGCACUGACAACACUGGUCCUGAGGCUGAGUUGGAAGCUCACAUGAAUCAACCUCUAUCGCCAGGCACUGACCACACUGGUCCUGAGGCUGAGUUGGAAGCUCACAUGAAUCAACCUCCAUCGCCAGGCACUGACCACACUGGUCCUGAGUUGGAUAAUGCAGCACCUUUAUACCCAGACAACACUACACCUGCAACCAGUAAAAAGCAGAACACCGAGAACUGUGGCUUUCUUCAGAAGCUCUCGCCUGGAGACCUAGUGUUAGCGGACCGUGGAUUUGAUAUUAAAGAAAGUGUUGCCCUUGUGGGUGCUACACUGAAAAUACCUGCCUUCACCAGGGGCCAUCACCAACUUAAUGCAAAAAAUGUGGAACAGACCAGGAAGUUAGCUCAUGUCAGGAUCCACAUGGAGCGAGUGAUAGGGUGUAUGCGCUCUAAGUUUAACAUAUUAAAUGACACAAUACGCCUGGGAUUUGUGGUGUCUUGUGAGGGGGAGGAUAAAACUGCUGGAUAAAAUUGUGGUUGUGUGCUGUGCUUUGACCAAUAUGUGUCCAAGUAUUGUUGUGAAGCCGUCAUGUUAGAAUUAAACACCAUGCUCACAUCUAAUAUGUAAAUAUGUUUUUUUCAAAAGAUUUUGUAAUGUCACUUCUCACAUGUAAUGAUUUUUAGCCAUCUCUGUAAAUAAAAUACAC